ACAUAUGUUGAAGAUUAGGUAAGGAUUUAAUGGCAGUUUCUUGUAUAAGCCAUCUAAUCUGUGUCUCAUUCUGUAUGUUUGGUUCUGUGUUCCUAGCAUUGCUAGAAGCUUUUAGUUUUUAUUUUCACUAUUUUGUUUUAAAGGGAAGGGCCUAUAUUGAACUAUAUCAUUAUGUAUAAACUUUUUAUUUGUAUACAAAACACUAAGAAAAAUCAACUCUCUAGAAAUUAUGUAUAAACUUUUUAUUGGUAUUGUGGUUUAUCUCGACAUAUCAUGUGCUGAAUUGUCAUAAGAUCUGGUACACCCCUUCCACCCGCAACACUGUCUCAAACUCCACGCCGAGUUUCCCCCUAAUGAUGAUGCAUGUCGUCCAUCGUGCAAUGCCUGUGGGGAACUCUGUAUGGGCUUUACCUUCUAUUGUUCCGAGUCUUCCUGUGGGUUUGCCAUGGACAUUAAUUGUGUUACGCUGAAAUUGCUUCCCCAGACCGCCAAUGUUCGUGAUACUCAGAUCAGCACAUACGCCACCAACAUCACUUGAUUCUCUGUGAUAAUGAGAAGAAUAGUGAACUUUUCUUCUCUUGCUGCGGCCGAAGAGAUAAAAAAGGAUCAGCUUAUGUUUGCCUUCAAUGACCCUGUUUGCUACACAUAUCAUGCAGCGAGUUGGGAAAGGAGAUCGAACACCCUUUCCACCCUCGGCAUCUUCUCACCCUCAUCCCGACUUCGUCUGCAAACAACGAGAUUAGAAGGGUGUUCUUUUGCAAUGCCUGUGGGUCAAGAUGUAGCCCCAUUACCUUUUUCUGUUCAGAGUGUGACUUUGUAUUGGACGUUUAUUGUGCUUCGUUGAUGUUGAUGCCCGCCAAAAGCAUCAACGAAGGAGAGGGUGGUCAUUGUCAUCAGCCCAAUACAAUUCAACAUUUUACUCACCCCCAUCCCUUAAUUGUUUGUGGCUUUGACAAGAAAACAAAUUUUCCCCUUACCUGCUAUGCAUGCGAUUUACCCUUCGAGGAUGACUCCUUUUUCCAUGUUUGCCUUGAAUGUGGUCUUUUGCUACAUGAUUCAUGUCCCGACUUGCCCCAAGUGAUCAACCACCCCUUUCAUCCCCCACACCAGCUCACCCUGCGAUCACCUUUUGAUUCUGGUCCUCCACACCAUGUCAACCUACGCUCACCUUUUGAUUUUGGUCCCUUUACGGAAAGUUGUUGUCGUGUGUGUUUGAAGCCUCCAACACGAUGGAAAUACGGUUGUGACAAGAAUGAUUUGACAAUUGACAGUAGAUGUGCUUUGCUGCCUUACGUUAGGGACACUAGAAUUCAUCACCAUCCUCUUGCUUACUUCACCAAUUCCACCACCGGACCUAGUAACUUUUGUUGCCAUGCUUGUUUUAAGAUCCAAUGCACCCCGUUCCUUCGUUGUGUGGAGUAUCACUGCUAUUUUGAGGUUCACAUCAGUUGUAUCCCAAAGUUGCCACCUACCCUUAAACAUAAAUAUCACAGACAUGCCCUCACCCUUACCAAUUCUCCCAUCAAAGACCAUCCAGACGAAGAUGAGGACGCAGUAUUCUACUGCGACACUUGCGAGGAAAGAAGGGUCCUUGCUGACCGAAGUUACUACUGUGUCGAAUGCCACUAUGUUGCCCAUGUUGGUUGCGUCAUGUCUGAGUUUCUGAGUUUAGUAGGGGUAAAGUACAACAUCUUAGCUGGAAUGCCUGAGGACCCAAAGUUGGAAACAUCUACUGUUAUGGUUAAAGGAAACACUGAUAAAGUGGUCGGCAGCAGAAGUUUGAUGAUAGAAGAGAUAGAGCAGGAGAGAGCAAAGCUGGAAAUUAAUGCAGAGGCAAAUGAAAUUGCUUCAUUUGUUACAAAAUUAAUUCUGGGUACUCCCACAGGCAAUGAAAAAGCUACAAGAGAAUUUUCUACAGUCAGUUCUAGUGAGGAGGACACCCAGAAUAGAGAAGCUACCAUGAGCUCUGCCCUCAAUGAACUGGAUGAAGAGAUCGCAGUGUUUUGUGCAGACUUAAUGGAGCCAACAGCCAAAUAAGAGGCAAUUAGAAAGGAUUUAAUGGUGCAAACAUCGAUACAGUUAGGAUCAAGUUACAUGGGACUAAUUUAAUUGUUUUCCAAAAAUUUUACAUUUAAAUUACUAGUAUUGAAAUUUUCGUUGGGCCUUUCUUUCAAUUUCCUUAAUUAUAUGACGUAUGAACUUGGUAAUUAUUUUCAUAAUGUUUGUUUUCAUAGUUUUUAUUCUUGUCUUGCAAUAUUUUGUUUAAUAUUU